GAAAGCGUCACCGAUGCGUGGGUGUGGCUCAGCACCCCGCAACACCUCUUUAGCGUCGUACAUGGUGCGUUGCUCUGCUGCUCCUACGUACCAGCGUUAGAGCCGCAAUCGAGCUCCCUCUUUCUCUUCCUCUUCUCUUUUGCUACCGUAGCUUUCCUUGCAAACGCGCUGCUGCGUGUAGGCCGAUGAGCUCGAGCGCCGCGCUGGGUAAGAUGUUUGGCGCGGCCUCCGUCGCCCUCUUCACGGUCGCCGCCUACUGGACGUACCGUGGAAAGCCGCACUCGCACACACAGCUGGUCGUCGCCUCCACCGCUGUUUCCACCGCCUCCGCACAGGACGCGGAUCUCCCCUUCCCCGUUGUCCUGCCACCGCGCACGCCGUCCAACCAAUCAGCGCGGCUCACGGCUGAGUUCGCCGAGCAGUGCGUCGCGGCUGCAAAGUUCGGCCUGCCGUCCACGGCAGAAGUUCGCUGCUACGGCGCCUACCUCGCCAGCCUGAACUACGAGCGGCGCACCCCAAACUGGGUGAUGGAGGUCGUCGAUCACCGCCGGCUGCGCGGUGGGCCCAGCGGCAGCGGCGGCGGUGCUGAUGAGGCCACCUCCCUCGACGACGAGGACGUCAGCGGAGAUGACAGCCUCCGUAGGGGCUCUCGACUACGCAGUAAGUUCUACGCGGACGACACCGUCCCUGCGCCAUUCCGCGUCGGCCCCCGCAGCUACACCACGCGUGGACUGAGCCGCGGUCACCUCGUCCCGGCCCAACUGCAUAAGGCCUCGCAGGCCGAGAUGGACACCACGUUCAACAUGAGCGCAAACGUGGUCCCGCAGGACAUGACGAUGAAUGCGGUGGACUGGCUGCGGCUGGAGGGCAUGACUCGCAAGAUCAGCAAAGAGGUGAGUCUUGGUCAGCGUCGCGGCAGUGGAAAGCAGGACGUCGCCGUCGGCAGCAGCAGCGGUAGUACUCAUAACGUAGCUGUCGAGUCCACUGCGGGGAGGUCCGCGGAAGGCGGCAAGCUGUACGUGGUAUCGGGCCCCGCCUUCGUUCCUCGGCUGAUGCGAGUGGAGCGUCGUGCGGAUGGGACGGAGCUGCACGUGCCGCUCCCCUCCACGGACGAGGCAGCGUCGCUACGGCACGGCCAUCCCGCCCCGGUCAACGUGAAGCCGAUGAUGUCCUAUGCGCUGACCGGUGACGUCAACAGCGGCACUCUCGUGGCGGUCCCGACGCACCUCUUUAAGGUGUUUCUCGCAGAGGAAGGCGGCGGGCGGACACGCUCGGUUGCUGCGUUCUUAAUGCCGAACGGACCCAUCACUGAGCAGCUGCCCCUCACCGCCUAUCAGGUGCCGUUGGAGAGGUUGCAGCGCGUGACAGGUCUGCAGUUCUUCCCCGGGCUCGACACGGCUCGCUUGCCGGAUAUGUGUAAGCUGCACAACUGCGAUGCGAGGCCCGUCGCGCUGUUCCAGCGGUAUCGGGAUGUCGCGCAGCUCCGUGCGGCGGGCACCGUACCGCAGCUGAGGCAGACGUACGCCUCUCUGCAGAAGUCAGCGGCCGGCGGGAAGCUGAGCGAGAGCGUGAUGCGCGAGUUCGAGAAGCGCACGGAGGAGCUCGUAGCGGAGGCGGUGGGGCCUAUCGACGCGCUGGAGCGCUAA